CUUCCCACCCCCUAUAUGCAACUUAUCCCUUAAGCUUGCCUGGAUUAGGAUUAAAGUGCUACUGUCGGAUCGGCUCGGGUAUCGAAACAGUCUCUUGUCACUCUUCGACCGGCCAGAGAGAUACCCAAACUAUACGCCACCAUCCUUGCACGCCUGCUUGGUUAUUAUCGCUUCACAACCUAUCCGACGGCUCCCUAUCACAUUAGCGCCGUCAUGGGAUCCCAUGAUGCAUCGUCAUACCGGAAUGGUUCGAGGACCGGUGGCAGUUCCAGUUCCACUAACAGUGAUGUCUCGGAACGCUCGAAAAGCACGGCCCCUACGAUCUACAGCGAUCGACCCACUCCCCUUCACAGAGGAGGUAUAGACAUGGACAUUUACGAUGAAGAAGAAGAUCCUAAAGCCUCGGUGUCGACCUACGCCUCUACCAUCCCGUCGGAAGAUGAUCCCCCAGAGACCCCGCGCUACGAAGUAAUCGACCGUCAGCUGGACGUGUUCUCAACAGAUGUUGUCCCGUCCGACCCGUCGACUUUUGGGCAGCUAUUCCCUUCCUCUCGACGACUCCUGAUUCGACACGACGAUGCGACACUCGAUGGAAACAUGAACCUCCGCGUCGACACGGUGGUGCCGCAAAGAGGUGGAUAUCAGCAAGAUGUAACUUUGUUUCAUCUUCGCAUGUAUGACCUGUUCACGCGAAAGUGCUCCUUCCGACGCUACUGUCGAGAUUCUGGGCGGGAAGUGUGCCACUCAGAGCGACGGCCUGUCGCAUCGAGUUCGGACAGGCAUCCGGUGUUUCGACGGUCGUGGGGUAGUGUGCUGGCUAGCUUGCGGCCGGGUUCAAGUGGCCACGGAUCACUGCCUAGCCACGAGCAUAAGCGCCAGGACUCGGGCUAUAGGUCGGCAGAAGAUGAUGAAGAAUAUUUCGAGGACAAGCACUCAGACCACAGAGGUGGCGGGGAUCGCCAUUUUGUGCUAACCGAUAGCACUUUACUGGAAUUUUCAAAUUAUGCUCACGUAGAGCUGAGGCGCCGAGGUGCAGGUCUCUCCAAGCGAUAUGAAUUUGAGUACUGGUCGACACGUUACCAAUGGAGACGCGAGUGCCGGAAAGAUGGAGACUUGCGCGAAGUCUCCUAUCACCUGGUUAACACACGCACGUCCAAGACCGUCGCUCAUAUCGUCCCAGAGAUCCUGACCCCGAUGGAGGCAGCUGAGGAGGAGAAAAAGGGAGGAUGGGUUCCACCAUCAUCCAUGUGGAUCAGUGACCCGUCAGUGUAUGAGAAGAUGCCCGACGUCGCCGAGUAAGUAAUUCAAUUCACCUCUACUUAGUGUCGGGUCGCAGGUCUUUCUUUUUAGAGUUUGGGGCUGACUAGUGUACAGUGUGUUUGUUGCCACAGGCCUAAUAUCUUUUGUUGACGAUUGCAUUCGCCGCCGAUGGCACACGAAGAGACCGUCCCAAUUCAUCCAGCCGAUGCGAUCAACCCUUUCGAAGAGUAUUGAGCUCAUGGGUCCCCGGCGAUUUCUCGAUGAGGUGUUCCACCGACGAGGGUCCGCAUAAAGAAUGAUAGGCUAUCGAUGAAGGAAAAACGGAUGGUCAAGGGCGACACGGCGGCAACACGUC